AUGGAUCACACUCACAAGGAACAUUCAUCUGCCAGUACUAAUGCUGGCACUGUGAUUGAUCCCUUUAUUAAGAAACAAAAUGCUAAAUUGACCCAAGUGAUCCAGAACUUUUAUGUCAAGAUAGCCCAAAUAAUACUAACAAGUCGUUCAAUCAAUGAAUACCCCAUUCCUUCCAGUCAAUUAUUGUUACAAGCUACCAGAAAUCAAAAAGGUAAAGAUCUUCAUCAUAAUGACUCCAAACAUCAUCAGUCUACUCCAACGUCACUGACAGGAACUAGUACGUCAAUUGGAACUGCUACCACUUUAGGAACGCACCCAACAACAAUAUCAUCAUCGGGAAAUCCUAGUGGAGCACUUUCUGAUCUCAAGAUCAAUAAGUGGUUUAAUUUGUUUAUAAGCAGUAAGGAACUGAAACAUGAUUUGAAGCCGUGGAAAAACUGUAAUGAUUUAUCAAGCAUGUCAACUAUGAUCAUUGAAACUUUUGUUGACUUACAUCAAUUGACUCCUCGCCAAACUUUGGUUCUCCGAAGUAGUGCUGGUGAGAACUGGUUAGUCACAAAAGGUGGAGGAAAGAGACAAGAAGUUGUAUUAGAAAGAUGGUUAGUGGAGUUUGAUACUUCAGACUUGAGCGGCGCUAUUGUUGAUGAGUUGCCUUACAUUUAUAAACAAGCAAUCAUUGUUUUACGUUCAUUAUUUUGCUAUUCCAAGUUAAUGCCUGCUUUCAGAUUAAAACAAGCCUUAAAAAAGCUGAGACUUCAGUUGUGCAACAAGAUAUUAGAUGGAAGAAAUCCCAUUAGCUCUAAGGGCAGAGUGGGGUUAUCAAAGCCAAUUAUCAGCAGUUCGGAAUCACACAUGAGACUGAAGCAUUUUCAACCAAUUAGAACGAGUUUGGGUACUUUACAUGUUUCUAUGGCUUAUCGGCUUGAUUGUGACUUUAUUGUCUAUGAUUCCGAAGAGCUCUUGAGCACACAUUUCAAGAACAUGGAUGAAAUGAGUCCUACCCCGGUGGUACAGCAUCAACAAAUCCAUCAUCAUCCCUCCCAGCAACAGAAUCUGCUGCUGCAAACAUCAUUGUCUCAUCCACAAUCAAGAAAAUCAGACGAAGCUUUUGUAACGGACCAUGAAAAGAGAGAUAGUAUACCAGCAGGAACUGGAACUACACCUACGAAUCGUAUUUUGCAGUUGGAGAAACGUACAUCCACAUCCAUUUCUCCAGUAUCUGUUAACUCACAGCUUGUAACUAAAGAUUAUUCCGAAUCACCUAGACGCAAGUCGUCGACUGGCUCAACAAAACAUUCAAUUCAACCAUUUAAAACAGGACCUAUUCUGAGUUCUCCACCUUCAGCAUCUCAUAUAGGGUCGGCAAAUUUACCUUCAUCUGUGGAGAGAAGGAUAUCAAUUACCUCCAACAAGUCAAAUGCCUCGUUGGCAGCCCUCUUAAGAAAACCUAGUUCUUCGUCUGCUAUUCCUAUUUUAAAUUCAGGAAGUAGUACUUCCCCUUACCAUGCACAGUUUACAAUCCCUCGAUCGAUAUCUCUGUCUCAUGGAUCUAACUUGGGACACGAUGACAUAGAUAGUAAUGGAAACACUCCAAGGUUUUCAUCUUCAUUUGGGUCUAAGGCAAGUAGACGGUUUUCGAAUACAAGUGUUCGUCACUCGAUCACCAAUUCUAUUUUGGCAACAAGUCAAGGUCUGAAUAGUUCUGGUUCAAGUGCUCCCCCAACAUCAUUGAGUGGACUUUACGUGAACGAUGAUAUCAGUGAUUUCUUACGAAUGAUAGACGACACAUCUGAUCUCAAGUUAGGCUCACUUGGUGGUAGCGGAACAAAUAGUGCCUCCCAUGCUAAUGACUCUGUUGACGCGUUGAACAGAUUCCAAUUACUUAAAUCACAGCAUCAACAAUUAGGUGACUCAGUGCAUGCAUCAUUAGUACUUCAACAGGAGCAUCAUCCCCACCAUCUUCAAUACCAACCUCAAAUGCACACAUCGCUGCAUAAUGUCAAUUCAAGAAGUAGAUCACCAAGCCACCAGCCAUCCAUGUUUCAUCAUUCAUUGGGAUCUCCGUCACCGGGCCGGAUUUCGGAUACACACUCGCCUCCAAACUCACUUCAGGAUCAAUCGGUAUAUCCCUCAAUCACAUCGAGGUUAGAUGCUGAUUUGAGUCCCACAACAAGCGUUGCUGGCCCACCCAACACUUUACAUAAGGCAGAUGCCGUCACAGGAACUACAAUAAGAUCGAGUCUAGCAUCAAGCCAAAGCACAGGUUCGCAUGAGCGACCAUCACCGGUUGUAACACAACAACAUGAAAGACUGAUUUCUCCUCGAUCACAACGUAAAAUCCACUAUGAAGAUGUGUUUGACGAUGAUGAUUGUGAAGACUAUUUUCUCCGAUCAGGCUCUGGUACCUCAGCUAACAGUAAUGAUGGUAACACAAGGAGAGUUAAUCCUACUAAUACUACAAGUGCUGCGAAUAUUACAGCUUCUAGAUCUGCUCCGGAAUCUGCUUCUGUACACGGGCAGAAGCAAGGUAUUCAUAACCCUUACCAUGCAUCUGUUGCUACCGAAGACGAUGACGACGAUUUACUAUUUGCUAUGAGUGACAUGAAUCUUACAAAGGAAUAUGACAACUUUGCCCUGGAUAAAACUACUACCUCGUUUUUUUCCCGAAAGAAAUGGCCUAUUGGAGUCUACUUUAAAAGUACGGAGAAGAUGGAUAUCAACUCGUCUGCAGAAAGUGUAAGUUCAACAUCGAGUAUUCCUAGUACCUUGGGUAGUAGCACUGGUGGUGCCGAAUCCGGAAUCGAUGUUCACAUUACAGCAAGAACACCGCUUGAAGAAUAUGAUUCCAAAGUUGCAGAAGGUAGACUUCGAGAUGAUCCAUAUCAACGUAAAAUAAUCUCCAACUUAUCUAUUCUUCAUACCCAUUUAUCCGAAUAUAUCCCACCUAAUGUGGUUGUACCUCUGAUAGAAUCAUUAGUGCCAAGUGUUGGAGUCAGUGGAUUCUUUGGUCUGUUUUUUGGUGGUGGAAAGAAAAAGGAAGAGAACUCUACACUGGAUAUAGGCGAGGAUGGAGAGGUUAAGGGUAUUUAUUUAUAUGGGGAUGUUGGCUGUGGGAAAACAAUGCUUAUGGACUUAUUUUAUGGAACUAUUCCCCAUCAUCUUCCCAAAAAACGAUUGCAUUUUCAUCAAUUCAUGCAGCAUUUGCAUAAGAGAUCACAUGAGAUCAAAGUCAAGUAUAAUCACAAUGAUAUGGAUGUGAUUCCCUUACUUGCCAGUGAGAUUGCUAAAGAAUCAACAGUGCUUUGUUUUGAUGAGUUUCAAGUUACAGACGUUGCAGAUGCCAUGUUAUUGAGGAGACUUUUUGCACUUUUAUUAUCUAAAGAUUACGGUGUUGUAUUAUUUGCAACAUCUAACAGAGCACCCGAUGAUUUAUAUCUCAAUGGUAUUCAAAGAGCAACGUUCAUUCCAUGUAUUCAGCAGAUUAAGCGUAAUACAAGAGUGAUUUUCUUAAAUUCUCCAACGGAUUAUCGGAAAAUCUCCAAACCAAUGAGUCUGGUAUACUAUACCCCAGCUCCUGGGGUUAAAUGGACAAGCAAAACCAAUCAAGCCAAAUGUCGCAAACACGUUGACGAUUGGUACAGUUAUUUCAAUCAGGGUAAUAAGUGUCAGGAUAUAAUUCAAAGAUACAAGUUGAAAGUUUGGGGACGUGAUUUAGUUGUCCCAUUAAGUUCGUACCCUCAAGUUGCACAGUUUACAUUUGAAGAAUUAUGUGGUAAGCCAUUAGCAGCUGGAGACUAUUUAACAUUGGCCACAUCAUUUCAAAGUUUUAUCAUCACUGAUAUACCUUAUUUAUCUAUAGAGGUUAGAGAUCAUGUUCGACGGUUUAUUACUUUUCUUGAUGCUGUUUAUGAUGCCCAUGGACGGAUUGCCACGACGGGUGCUGCACCGUUCAAGGACUUGUUUGUUGAGCCCGAGGACUUAAAGAGUGGGAAUUAUCAGUUGUUUAAGAAGCAAAUGGAUACUGGCAUUGAAGAGACAUUCGAAGAGGACGAGUUGGUUACGAAGCAUGGGUUUGAUAAGGAAAUAGCAAAGAAAGCUUCAAUGUUUGCCAAUGAUGAGGAGAAAUUUGCAUUUGCUCGAGCCCUUAGUAGAUUAUCACAGAUGGCUACACAAGAUUGGAUUGAGACUGUUCGGUCGAUUACAUGA